AUGAUAACAACAUUGGAAACAAUACCAAAUGAAAUUCUUCUUAUGAUAUUUUCUCAUUUAUCAUGGUUUGAAUUAUUAAUGUCUUUAUCGUCAUUGAAUAAACGCUUUGAUCGGCUGAUAUGUUCUAUUCUCUCAAAAAUUGAUAAUAAAUCAAAUAAUGGUCUUGUUAUUAUUAACCCUGGUUUAUCAUAUAAUAAAUGUAAUUCAAUAUUAUUACCAUUAAUUUCUAAUCCAUUGUUACCAUUUGCUUCUUGUAUUCGACGUAUUCAUUUUGAUGGGACAAUUUGUAAUGAUUCUGAUUUAAGUUAUAAAUGGCUUUUUGAUAAUGAUAAAAAAAUUCUUCAUUUUCCAAAUCUUAAAUCACUUAUACUUACUCGUUGUUUAUUGGUACAACCUUUAAUUAAAAGUCUACCUAUACUUAUUAAAUAUCAACUUGAUGAACUUAUAUUAACAUUUGAUAAAGAUAUUAUUACAUUACUUCGAUAUCCAAAUGGAUUAUCGGCAAUGGAUUUACGUACAGAAAAGUUAAUUAUGCUUGAAGAAUUAAUUCGUAAACUUUUCUCUAAUCAAUCUCGUCUCAUUUCACUUCAACUUGAUAUUGCCUGCGAUGAUUCUUAUGCUAAUCUUCAUCGAUGUUUAGAACCUCAUAUCACUCUUGCUUUUUUUUCAAUUUUUACGCGUCGACCAUCUUGUUUGACUCUUCGUCGUUUAUAUAUUCAUAUUAAAUAUACAUGUUUUCUUGAACGUCUUAUUGAAUAUGUUCCUGUUCUUCAACAAUUAUCGGUACCAAAACUAGAAAGUUUUACUCUGAAAACUUUCGUUGAUAAUGAUUCAGAAUUUGCUUAUUUGAAGUGGAUUCUAAACAAUCUUAAUCAUAUUAAAAAAUUGAAAAUUCAUUUGAAAAGUGACACAUUAUAUGAAACAAAUAAAGCUAUUUGGAAAUCUGUUAUUGAUGCAAAUUUUAUUCAGCGAUAUUGUUUGCCUGAUGAAGUAAUUAAUUUAAGAAAUUUUGAUUUUUAUAUUUUUUCCAAAUGUAACGUACCAAUGAUUGAUAUUGAGGAAAUAAUUAAUUCAUUUAAAAUUCAUCCGUUUUUUGUUGAUCAUCAAUGGACAAAUAUUAAAUGUUUUUUUGAUUCAAUAACUUCUUAUCAACAUCUUACCUCUUCUCUCAAUUAUACACCUCGAUUUUCCAAUAAUUUAAUUAACGAGAGAGAUCUUUUCAAUUGGCCACAAACACGAUAUGUUUGGAUGGAUUUACAGCCAUCUCUUUAUUUAUUUCUUGAACAAUUUAGUGAAUUAUUUCCUAAUGUUUCUUGUAUCAAACUUCAUAUGGGGAAUUAUGAUGAAUCAAUUGAUCGAAUUAAAGCACGUGCAAAAGUCCUCGCUCAUCUUAUUUCAAUGCCUGUUCAACUCAAAGAUCUUCGAGCAUUUGAUGAACUAAGAAAAAAUGCACUGAAUACUGUUCAAUAUGCCGAAUUUAGGAUUCCUAGUUGUCAUCGUGGUUCAAACGAAUCGAUUCGUAUUGGUCAAAAUCUUGUACCUUUUCUUAGUACUUAUAUGUCUAAUUUACAAACAUUACGUCUUUGGCGUCUAGAUGAUUUUCCAUGGACAUCUAUUCGACCAGAUUAUAAUAAACAUAUAUAUUCUUAUUCACGUUUAGUCAAUCAAUGGUAUAAGCCACUUUAA